UGUAUUCAGGUAGCCCAACUUCGUUUGCUUUAGGCCCGCGGAAUUGCUCCCAGAUACCACCUUCUGGCCAAGGUGAACCGCAGACAUACGAAGAAACCGUCGACACGAUGUCUCCGAGUACGCGCAGCCGCCGUCCUCUGCCGGUUCCAAUUCUGCGGGAGAUCGGACAAAAUUCGCAAGACUUUUUGGACGUGGCGAAACAAUUUCGGAGACAGUGGCGCCACCCCACGCGUAUGCCAGCAGUCAUCAAGGUCUGGAAAAUACACUGUGUUCCGGAAGUCAAUAAUCGCUUCAUCGUGCACCAGCGCGUCAUAGAGUAUGUGCGCGAUAUUCCAGGAGGAGAUACCCGCUUACUAUGGCAUGGGACAAUCCGAGCGUGCAAACUCGGCGACGAUGGUGAUUUGAGUGGCACAUGUAGUCGAGACAACUGCAAUUUAUGCGGUAUCAUAAAGGUCUGGUCUCAAGCAUUAUCUUCACGCAGACUCAUCUUCUGCGUCUCAGAAGUCCUUUUCUGUCGCCAAAGUCGGCCAGCGGCCUAAUCACAGAUUUUCCCGGUUUGGGGCAGGAAUAUACACGACCGGGACGUCGUCCAAGGCAAACGACUAUGUCAAGGAAUGGGGUGGCUCGUCGUAUCGGGCGAUGCUUCUGAGCGAAGUUGUGGUUGGCAACGGGGCUCCGAUGACCGUAAAUUGCAAGAAAC